AUGCUGAAAGCAGAAGGCGACGGCAAGGAGCAGCAAUCGUGUAGCUAUGGCUGGUUGACAAUCGUAGCUGUUGCCGUCAUCCUGAUCUCGACGGUGUUGACGUUCAUUUUCGCCGAUCACAUGUACCACGGGACUGAGGAUUAUUCGGGAGUGAGGAUAGAGCAGAUCGAAUGGCUGCCCGCGCAAGGAUUCGCCGCCGUUCCGCAGAAGAGCUUCACCAUCGCACGAGUGGCCCAGGACCCUGAGAUGUGUUUCUUGAUCCCCAUCGAGUUGGAAAAGGAAAACGUCGCACUCCGAGUCCGACGAGCCCCAAGGCAAUCCAGAUUUACGCUCCAAUCCAAGUCUUGCGGCGUCAUCCUCGAGCUGGAGAAGAGUGGUGAG